AUGAGUAAAAAAAUAGUGAUGUCGUGGCUGCAGUUUGGACCAGACACCCAAAGGUCCAAGGGUGUCAGUCUUUAUAUAAAGAAAAUUUGAUUUGUUCCAUUACACUGUACGUAUUACUAUUCUUCAGAUUACAACAUAGCAUAUAUAUAUAUAUAAACAUCAUCCACAUUCUUUCUUUAUCGAGUUACUUUACCUGUGAGUAAGAAAAUUCAUCAAGAUAUUUUGUGGCAUAACAAGAAAAAGUUUGUGACUCUCGUUGAGUCUCAGUCUUUCAAGCUAUUGGGGUUCUCUUUUUAAAGCUUCAAAGGGGUCCUUCUUUCAGUCACUUUCUGUGUCGUUUUCUUUCUCUGAUGAUGAUAAUGAUAAUAUUUGCUCUGAAUGUUGGCGGAGGAUGGUGUGGAAUGAGAUAAAAUGGCUGUAAAUGCUGUGGAAGGGAGCAAAGAUUUUCAGCAAAAGGGUAUUGUGUUCUGUGUUUGAAACCAAUCAAGAAGUCAGUUUUUUUUUUUGAAUAAUGGAAGAUAAGGAUUUGAAUAGAUGUGUUACUUCUUUGGCUGGAUCUGAUCCUUUAUGUAAUACCCCUUUUGCCAUAGAUGAUGCCAGGCUUAAAUUAACAAUGGUGAACAAUAGAGACCCAGAAUUGGAUUUGGCUUCAGUUGGUAGCCCAAGUAGUUCUAGACAAGGCCUAAUAUGGAGGAAUCAAUAUGAGUUGGUAAAUAAUGACUUUAGAAGCAAUGAUUUAUUAGAUGAUUCUUUGUUCCAAGAAGAGAAUUAUCAGGUUUUGUCUAGAGUAAGGGAGGAGUUUGCUAUGCAGAAUAAGAGAGGUGAGCAUUUUUCGAACAAGCAUGUCGGGCAAGACAAAGAUGAAAUAUCUGCACAUACUAGAUUUAAUGAUGAUAAUAAGGUCAUCUCAAGUAAUGGCUUACUUGUUGGGAAUAAAAAACUGAAGAACAUUUCAAGGAGUAGCUUCUCUCAGUUACUUGUGAAGAAAAAAGUGAAGGGAAAGGGAAUAGUUACAAGAUAUCCAGAAGCAUACUCUGCAAGUUUAGACCAAAACAAUGAAAAACAUGAUUAUGAUGCUGAGGUAGCUUCUACUGCUGGUUUAAAAACAAGUACUAACAUUGAUCACAACCCCAUUCUCAGGUCUCUUCCAGAAUCUUAUAGUAGUGGAAUCAGCUUGAGGGAAUGGCUCAAAUGCGAGUCUCGUAAGGUAGACAAAGCUGAAAGACUGCUCAUAUUUAAGCAAAUUGUGCAGUUGGUGGAAUUUGCACACUCUCAAGGUUCUGCCUUGCUAGACUUGAGACCAACCUGCUUCACUAUUUUGUCAUCAAAUAAGAUUCAAUACAUUGGUUCAUUGACCUUGACAGACACAAUGAACAGUGUUCUUCCACAUUUAAAUAAGAAAAGACAAGUGGAGCCAAACUCAAGUUCCAGCCAUAGUUUAAUUGCUGCUAAGCAGCAAAAACUUAGUGAGGCUAUGAGGUCUCUUAGAAACCAGCCUAAAAUUGGUAAGGAGACUGAAUGUUACAUGGCUGUUUCACAAACUCAUGGAAGUAGAGAAUCCCAAGUGUAUAAAGACUCCAGCUACCGAAAUACUACUACUGCAAGGCAACACCAAUCCAUGGCUUUACUAGGUCAGUUGGAAAAGCAAUGGUAUACUUGUCCAGAGGGGUUUGAUGAAAGAGGUUGUACAUCUUCGUCAAAUAUAUAUGGACUUGGUGUUCUUCUUUUUGAGUUGCUUUGCAUUUCUGAAUCAUGGGAGGCUCAUUCCACCAUGAUGUUUGAUUUGGGCCGUCGGAUUUUUCCACCGAAGUUCCUUUCAGAACAGCCACUAGAAGCUGGACUUUGUCUAUGGCUUCUUCACCCCAAGCCUUUGUCACGUCCAACAUUUAGAGAAAUUCUGCAAUCAGAAUUGAUAUGUGGCUCUGAAGAUUUGAAUUCUGGAGGUGUUAUCUCAAAUUCUGCUGAAUGUAGUGAUUCCCAAACAGAGGAAUUACGUAAAUUUUUAUCUUCAAUGGAAGAAGAAAAGAAAAGGCGUGCUUCUAAGUUAAGUGAACAGAUAAGAUGCUUAGAAGAAGAUAUUUCUAUGGUUGAGAGAGGGUACUCAGAGAAGGAGUUUUCUCUUGUGAAAGAAGAUGGAUUUUGUCUUGAAGAGUCUAGAUCAUUUUCAAUGCCAAAGAAGAAUGAAAAUACAUUGAUGAAAAAUAUUACUCAGUUGGAGAAUGCUUACUUUUACCUGAGAUCCCAAAUCCAACAUAAAGAACUGCCAAAGACCAAAGAGAAGAAAUGUGAUGUGAAAGUUAAGAAUGAAGACUCAAGCAUGAAUCAGGCUUCAGAUGAUCGUAUUGGAGCCUUUUUCGACGGAUUAUGCAAGUUUGCUCGCUACAGCAAGUUUGAAGUAUGUGGGACACUUAAAAAUGGAGAAUUUUUCAACUCUACCAGUGCCAUUUGUUCUUUGAGUUUUGAUCGCGAUGAGGACUACAUUGCUGCAGCUAAAGUAUCAAAGAAAAUCAAGAUCUUCGAGUUUGCUGCCUUAUCAAAUGAUGCAACUGAUAUUCAUUAUCCUGUGGUUGAGUUAACAAACAAGUCUAAGCUAAGCUGUGUUUGCUGGAAUUACUACAUCAAGAAUUAUCUGGCAUCAACAGAUUAUGAUGGAGUGGUAAAGAUGUGGGAUGCAGCUACUGGGAAAGAAUGUUUUCAAUACAGUGAGCAUCAGAAGAGGGCUUGGUCUGUUGACUUUUCUCGAGCUAAUCCAACAAUGUUUGCUAGUGGAAGUGAUGACUGUUCUGUAAAACUGUGGAAUGUUAACGAUAAAAGUUCAGUGGGAACUAUCUAUUGCCCUGCCAAUGUCUGCUGUGUCCAGUUCUCUGAUCACUCUAGUAAUCAAUUGGUCACUGGGUCUGCUGAUUACAAAAUCUAUGGCUAUGAUCUUCGCCACGUUAAAAUCCCUUUGUAUACUUUAGCCGGUCAUGGAAAAGCAGUAAGCUAUGUAAAAUACUUGGAUGCUGAAACUCUUGUUUCUGCAUCCACAGACAACACAUUAAAGCUUUGGAAUCUCAACAAACCAAUCUCAUCCGACGAUGCUAGCAGCUUAUCCUUUACCGGUCAUAUUAAUGAGAAGAACUUUGUUGGAUUAUCUGUUUGGGAUGGAUAUAUAGCUUGUGGUUCAGAAACAAAUGAGGUGUAUAGUUAUCACAAAUCUCUACCAAUGCCUAUAACUUCUCACACGUUUGGAUCAGUUGAUCCCGUUUCUGGACAUGAGAUUGGCGAUGAUAGUGGACAGUUUGUUUCAAGUGUCUGUUGGAGAAGAAAAUCUAAUAUGGUAGUUGCUGCAAACUCUAUUGGAGUCUUAAAAGUGCUGAAGAUGGUGUAAUGAGAAAAGCUUCCAAAGGGAUCAUUAUUUCAUGGUGGUUAAGAAUCUUUACCUCUACAGUCAGUUUGUUUUGCUCAUUUCUUUCCCAAGAAUUUAUUUUUUCCUUCUUGGGGUGGUAGUGGGGUGGAUCAUUAUUUCAUGUAGUGGAAGAAAAAGAAAAUUACCUUGGCUAAAGGUUUAAGAUGAGAGAAAGAGAAUUUGUAUAUAAAAGCCCUUCAAGUUGAGAUUUCACGAAUCAUUUGUAAAUUGUAAUCGGUUUAUACCCCUUAAUUUUGCAUUGUAAUCAGGAAUGAACGAUGUCAUUUCGACAUAAAAGCUACUUCAUUAUAAAUUAGUGCUAACUUGCUUAAUUUAGAGAUUAUCAGGCAACUUAGGAUAUGGCCCUCAAACAUCUGCAUACCAGAAUAGAAAUGUUGCUGCUCAAGAAAGAAAGGAAGAAAAAACAAAGGCCACAAAUUACAUACCAAGAAGGAAACUUCUGCUGUGUUCAGAUGUUAUCAUAAGAAGUGAUUUUUUUUUUUUACAUCUUUGGUUCUCUAAAGUAUGAUGUCAAUGCAUAUAUUCAAUUAGAAAUAUACAUUUUUUUGCUUUUCGUCUUUCA